AUGGCCGAACAAUUUCAGAAUAUCGAUUCUAUACAACAAGAUCCACCGGCUCCGCUAUCGGUUCAAGAUCUUAAUGAUAGACGAUUGCGACCACAACUAAAGAGUAAUACAAAGAGAGUUCCACUGCGCGUACAAGAAUCAAAAACUCCAAAAAAUGCUGUUCGAUUGAGACCCAUUGAAAUUCCCAUUCAUUUUAAAUGGGCAUUAAUUCUUACCAUAUUCUGUUUUUUUAUUCUUGGGCCAUGUUGGGCACUUUAUAAGACAUUCACAUUGCGUCGAAUGAUUCAACAACGUGAAUUAGAUGCUGCUGAACGUCUAUCGAAUAGAAUGUCGUCGGUUCUUAUUGUUUCAACUAUACUCGGAAUUUUUGCAUGGGUUGUACUUCUAUUUUGUUCAGUUGGUCUAUUAAUCACUGGAGAAUUGCUAUCUGCUCAACUUAUAUAG